AUGAAAGUCAAAUGAAAAUAAAGUUUGGUCAAUGGAAGUCAUCUUCCACUUCCUCCUCUUCGAUCAACUCUGUCGUUCAUCUUCUCUCAACUUCUUCAUCGGAUCCGGCCUGCUCGAUUUCUCUCUUCUUUGAUCCAGGUGUAGGUGAAUCAUCAAAACCAGUUAUGUCUCCUUAUGAUGAAGCAAUGAAGGCUUUAUUUUCUCUUAUAAUAAAGCGUAGCCGUGCAGAUAGCACCGGUGACAGAUUUGAUUUACUUUUUGAUUAUAUUAAGAUACUGGAAUUGGAGGAACCAUUAAAAAAGAUGAAGGUUAUCCAUGUCACUGGUACCAAGGGAAAGGGGUCAACUUGCACUUUCUCAGAAUCUAUAUUACAUAGUUGUGGUUUCCACACCGGGCUUUUUACAUCUCCUCAUCUCAUUGAUGUUAGAGAAAGAUUUCAAUUAGAUGGGGCAGACAUUAGUGAAGAAAAGUUUUUGACUUAUUUCUGGUGGUGCUACAAUAGACUCAAGGCAUGUAAGAUAGUGUAUGGGUUAUUCAUCCGUUAUAGUUGUUCUAUAUGUCCACUUAUCAUCUGUGUGGUUUGAAGGGAGGGGAAAUCUCCUCCAAUUUUGAGGAAUAAAAAUAAAGAGAGAGGAGGGAAGAAAGAAAUAAUUUGCAUGAAUUCCCAAGAGACCAAGACAGUUAUUAAAUGCGGAGUAUGCAUGAAUUCCCAGACAGCUGUUUUUACCUCAUAGAAUGGUAGAAGUAUGGAAUUGUCAGUAGGUCCAGUUUUUUAAAGGUCAUUUCUUCCUGCUUACUGUUAGCACUACCCAUGGAUACACAAAAGUAACUUUUAGGAUUAAAGAAUUUGAACUAAGAGUAGAUUCAUUUGGUUCUUGUUGCCUCUUGAUAGUCUCUAGGAAUGAUAUCAAAGCUAGGAAUUUGUUUCUUGAUCUUUUUACUUGCUACUUGAGGAUGAAAAACUAAGUUCAUUUUGUUGACAUUUCCAUCUCUUGGAUUUAUAAAAUGUUUGCAGCAAUGCAUUUGUGUCUUGACCACUUCAUCUGUACAAAUGAUGAAAAGGGAAGAUUGUCUUGAGUGGUUGAGCGACUUGGAAGACUACACAUUUUUUCAUCCUAUACUUUUAUCAUCAAACACAGUUGUAGUUGGUUUCACUAUUUUUUGUUUGCAGGAUAAUACCUCUGACAAGGUACCAAUGCCUACUUAUUUUCGCUUCCUUGCAUUGCUUGCAUUCAAGAUUUUUUCUGCAGAGCAGGUGGAUGUUGCUAUAUUGGAAGUUGGCUUAGGUGGAAUAUAUGAUGCAACUAAUGUGGUUGAGAAGCCAGUUGUUUGUGGUAUAACUUCCAUUGGGUAUGAUCAUAUGGAAAUUUUAGGAAAUACACUUGGGCAAAUUGCUAGAGAGAAAGCUGGAAUCUUCAAGCGUGGAGUUCCAGCUUUUACCGCGUCCCAGCCUGAUGAAGCUAUGCAUGUGCUUAAAGAGAAGGCUUCCGAGUUAGAUGUAGUUCUUGAAGUGGCAGCCCCACUGGAUGCCAGUUUACAUAGAGGAAUUCAUCUUGGUCUUAGGGGUGAACACCAAUAUACAAAUGCUGGUCUAGCUGUGGCAUUAUGCUCUACUUGGCUUCAGAGAACUGGUCAUGCUGAAGUUGAUUAUUUAAAGGACACAGCAUCUCUGCCCGAGCAAUUUCUGGCAGGAUUGGCAAAUGCUACUUUACAAGGAAGGGCUCAAAUUGAACCCGAUAGAGUAAUAGAAAGUGAAAGUGCAGGGGAUCUUGUUUUCUACUUGGAUGGUGCUCAUAGUCCUGAAAGCAUGGAUGUGUGCGGUAAAUGGUUUUCCCUUGCUAUCAAGGAUGACCACUGGCAACACAGUUGUAAAAAUGAGGCACACCAGACUAGAGCCUCUCAUGAAUCACCACAGAUAGACAAUUUCCAGAAGCCAAAGAAAAUUUCUACACAGAUUCUGUUAUUUAAUUGCAUGUCGGUGAGGGAUCCUCAACUGCUCCUUCCACGCCUGAUGAGUGCUUGUGCAAUGCAUGGAGUUCACUUUAAGAAGGCAUUGUUUGUUCCCAACACAUCAUCAUCCUUUUACAAUGUGGGUACCAGCUCCUUGAACCCAUCAGAUAAUCAAAUUGAUGUCUCCUGGCAGUUGAAUCUUCAAAGGUUCUGGGAAAACCUUAUUACUGAGAAAGGCAGGGAAAUGGUGAAACACGUGGAUAAAAAAUGUGAGGAAGGGAUAGAUGAUACACUCAAAGGAGCUCGAAGUUGUGAAAACAGCACUGUAUUCCCAUCACUUCCGGUCGCAAUUGAUUGGCUCAGGGAUAAUGUUCGAAACAACAAGUCUGUUCGCUUUCAGGUCCUCGUAACAGGCUCUCUACACUUGGUGGGUGAUGUUCUGAAAUUAAUAAAGAAAUAAGGUUCUAUACAUUCAAGGUUUGGUUUUUUAUAUAUAUUUAUUUUGCAACAGUCCAUAAAUAAUAUGCAAAUUCUGAAAGGCAAAAAAAUGCUUCUUGUGCAAUAUAGGCAUUUCAUUUUUAUCUCAUUUGAGACUGAAAUUUGGAGGAUUUCCAAGAUACUUGUUGGUUAUAUGAUUAGUUACUCCGUCAAGUAAUUCGAUUGGGCUUUUAUUUGGACAUUGUUUUGUCCAGACAGUGAGAUAUAUGCAUAAUGUGUGGUUUGGUAACAUUGUUAUGUC